CGUGCGGCCUUGCAGGCGCGUAGAUCUACUGGCUGCAUGCAGCACACGUCGAAACUGAAGUUUUGUUUACAAUGUCCGGGUCCGGGUUGGCGAUAUCUUUCAGUCCGCUUCUGAAAUGUCCUACAUGCGCUAGUUUGUUGUUUCUCAACGACGUAUCCAGAGUAUUUCGGCAGCAGUUGUGAACGGCCUAUGCCCAUAAACACUCCCUGCUCCUAACGGGACGGUUACGUUUAGUGAUCACUCAAGGACAGCGUUGCUGUUUUCGCAACGGCUGCAGGCAUCGCUCACUUUUGCAUUGUAGUGCUGGCUAUUUUGAUCCUGAAGAAAGCCGAAGAUAGUAUGUGGAAGAGCUGGCGUGUCGCGCGAACGCUGUGUGGGAAACUCUAGAUUGUGUGUAGGCUGUCAGUAACAUCUCCGCUUGUGCCAGUUGACCGCCCAGUGCCGUACCGCACAACAACCUGCUACAGUACCUGUACUAUUUUUACACCGAUAAUACUGCAAGCGAUCUGUGAUUUUCAGCAGCAGUAGCAGAGGCAGCAACAACACUAGUUCCCGUCCCCGUCUUACCAUUUUGCAAGAAGCAUGUCGAGUGUUGACGGCAUGUCCGCGCCAGCACCUCCUUGUCGCCGCACUACUUCCGUCAGACAGCGAUUGGGAAAGAGCACGAUGCACUCGUACAUAGCGGUUGUUGGACUACCGGCUUACGAUCUAGGUGUCAGCAAUGACUCUGAGAACACCGGUGCAUUAUCAGGUGUUGGAAAGUCGUGCUUGUGUUCGCGGUUUGUUCUACCAUCAUGUGACGACUACAUCGUAACACGGGAAGCGCAUUCUAGCAUUGUAUCAAACGUAGAAUUCAACGAUCCAGAAAUAGAUGGCGUCCAUUACCUGUACUUCGGAACGGUGCUGAAAGUACUGGAUUCCAAAAGCGUGGUGUUCCAUGUAGUGGAACAUACAACAUUCUAUGAUGCCAAUGCAAGCGUCCACGUGGGUGGCGAGGAUUAUACAGCAAGGGCUACAGUACAGUCAUUGCACAGACCCAGCAAGAUCAGCUACAUCGGCAGUCGAUUCAAAGGAGUUGUGCCGCAAGCCAGGGAACAGCUGCCCAAGCGCUUGAGCACAAAUGGCGGGUCCGGAAAGGGCGUGCAAGGUAGUGUCCUUGUUCUCGAUCCCACUGUCGAACCGAAUACUGUUGCCAAGCAAGUGUCAUUGUUGAGUGACGUGGCCGAGCGGCUGAGGCAAGCGGAUCAACCUUUUGUAAUAGCGCUAAGUAAGUGUGACGUGUGUGGAUCAGAACAGACGCACAGUGCAAUUACAGCUAUACGAGAGGUGCCGACGCUCAGACAUGUACCCGUGUUUGAAACAUCAGCAAGAACGGGAGUUGGCAUCAACGAAGCUUUCUUUCACUUGUAUGACCUGAUCUCACAAAGAUGCAGCUCGGGAAGAUCGCCGAAUACUGCUGCUGCAGCUGUUGUGGAAAGUGUUUUCUCCUGGCGAGACGUGGGAAAUUGGCGUGACUUAAGGUAUCAAGAUUCCGCCCGAGCACAGUGGUUAGCACGGGUACGAGCCGUAGAGGGCGCUCAAGAAGUGCUGCGUUCUACUGUCUUGGAUGCGUCUAUUACCUGGGCUGCUUAUCUGGAACUGAUUGGCAAGAAUCAGUUCAUUGCUGCUCUGAUCACACUAAACGGACUGGAGUUUUGCCGGACGGUGUUCAAACAACACGUACUGCAAUUACAGUCAAUGUCACUGCAAGAAGGCCAAGAAGACCAUCGUGCAGCAGAUCUACAGGAGUUCAUCAGCAAACAUGUGGACUUUGCUAUGGACAGCAAGCCACUCGACCUCGAUGCCUUUUUCGAGCCACUCUCUCUGGCACACUGGAUUGUGCCUGGUGAGGAUGACGAGGAGACGUAUGCCAACAGUGCUGAUGAGAUCAGUCCGAAAACCGAAAGACAUUCAGAUCUCUACUUCAGAUGGGCAGUGGAUGAAGUGUUUGGCUUGGCUGAGAAACCAUCAUUGGACAAGCAGCAAAGCACUGCAUCUGCAGAUCUGUGCUUGGAAGCGCCUCUCGGUGAAGAGUGUUCUACUGAUCCAGUGUCUUUGCUAAGAAUAGCUGAAGCAACAGAGAGCAGAUGGCCAUUGCAAGGCGGGUCACCGCAGCAAGAUACCCAGUCCAUGGCGGACAGCGGGUGGACUGCGGAUGACGAGUGUUACUACAUCGUUGGUCCGACGUACAGCGGCGGGGUGCAGCAGACUAAGACGCUUUUGCACAAACUCACGCGUCGGAACAUGUCAAUAGUAACUGACGACUCUGACAUUCUGAGCUGCACUUAUGUGGAUCUUUCUGGAACUUCGCAAGAUGUACAAGAAUCCAGCGAGACGUCAGAUUAUGAAGAAGACACACUUUCGCAAGAUCGCUUAAGUCCCAAUCUUCAUCAUCUACCUGUGCAAAAGAUUCAUCCCGGGAAACCACCCAGCCAAUCAGGAGGAAAUGAAGGCAUGGGCAAAUCCAAGGCAGCGACACUUCGAGGAGGACUAUCGACUCUGAAAACAGCAUUGCGUGACAAGGCUACAAAGACAACAACUUUGAUCUCCAAGGCCAAGGUCAAUCCACGGACGUUUGGCCGGAAAACGAGUCCAAGCACAACUGACGGCAGCAGAACAGUGGAUUUGUUGGCAAAGUCAAUUGGUUCUCCUGCACUGGUAGUUACAGCUCAUGGUACUACAUCUACUGAAAGAGCCAAGAAAAGUUCUACUGGCGGCGUGCGGGGCACUGACGUGCCAGACUGUCCACAAGAAGACCUCUUCGAGGUAGAGGAAGAUCAAGAUGUCUACGAAUGUGUUGUCAAUGACUCUAGCUCCUUAUCCGUCAGCAGUGUUGAACUCGCACGUCCAUCAGCUACUCCAUCGGGAGAGAACACCGAUGGAGAUGAUGUGUAUGCAAGUGUGGAGCAUGAUGAGUCGUCAUUACAAUCGCAACAUGCCCCUAGAAGACUAAGCCCAUCGCUAAGCGAUUCGGGACACUUGAACAAGGCUCUUUCUCCGUCUACUAGUCAGUCAUCCAGUUUUGGUACAAGUAUUCCGGGCCGCUCUCUGCUGCCUGCACCACCACCUCCAGGUGUGUUUCAGACAACCAGUGGGGAGCUAAUCCAUCGACCAUCACCUUCUCCGGGGCCAAGUCCCAGUCCUGGACUACCACCAGCCCUUCCAGCAAGAAAUCGUGCGUCUACAUCCGGAAAAGCAACAGUACCAAAAGUGAAGCCUCCUAAGCCCAAGAGACCUCCACCGAAAGCUCCCAGCUCCUCUGUUCCAUCUCAGACAACACCAAAUCCAUUGGAUGAUGCCAGUGCGGCAGCAACUGAAGAGAUGCUGUAUGAAGAUGCUGUGGAAUCAGUCAGCAAUAGCCCCAACUCCUCUGUUUCAGCUCCUCCGUCGGUGUCCGUAACCAGCCAGGAAGGCGUGGAACAGUAUGACCCAGCUACAGACGAUGUGUAUGAAGUCAUGCAGAGUUCAGUCGGCGAAACAUCUCAACUUCAAAAGCAGGAGUCACUACCUGAAGAGUAUGUGCUUCCAUAUCCCAUCCCCACAAGCCAGCAUAAAGCACCCAGUGGCUCAGUGAAGACCAGUGAUCCAGUAGUGGCUGAAGCAAUUGGGAGCGAUGAUCUGUAUGAUGAUGUGGUACCAGCAGCUACAGACAGUCAUAACACCAACACACCGGCACAGCGGUAUAGUCCUGCCAUAGCCACUCAGGGAGCUGUGGAUAGCACAAGUGACCUGUAUGAAGAUGUUGCGUUUGAAUCGCCGGAGAGAGCAUCGGUUCCUGCGACAUCGACACGUGCCAGUGUUGCGACAAGCAGCAUCAGCACUGGUGCUACUGGUGCUCACGGUCGUGGAGCUAGCACUGCAGCUGGCACUGUGACACGCUUCAAGCCACCAAGCAGCCAGGCGGCAAAAAAGCCUCCACCUCCAACAAUCAACAGGGAGAUGAAACCCACUCCUAAGAGUACCACUUCACUUCCUCCCACUCUGCCACCUCGCAUAUCCCCGGAACUACCAUCGUCGAAAGCACAGCAACCUCGACUAACCCCGGAACUACCAUCAUCGAAAGCACAGCAACCUCGACUAACCCCCUCGCCUAAGAUGAAUAGAAGGACAUCGCCCUCACCCAAUUCAUCACCUCCCCCAUUGCCUUCGGAUUCAUCUAGCCCGGCAUCCGCAAUAUCCCGAUCAAUGACAUCAUCAGUAACAUCGGCAGAGGGAUCACUCUCAGCUAAGAAAUCUAGCAGUAAGCCAUUUUCCAUUCACGAUAUGCUUGCUGAGGCAGCAGCUGAAGCUGGGGAUGUAGAUAUCUACGAAACUCCAGAAGAUGAGCUGCCGGCAACAAUGGACAAAGACCGUACCACGGUUGCCGCAAAGCCAAGCACUAAGUUGUCUUCGUCUAAUGCGGCUAAAAGUAGUCGUCCUGCCCGACCACCGCCACCUGCUGAGAAGCUGCUGAAGAUGCGAUCCCUGUCGACAGAUAGCUCCAGUCCUAGCGGCGACAAGCCGGAGUUCAACAAGACUGUCAGUCACGGCCCUCAAUCUAGUUUGGAUUCACACACUGAAGGGCCCGAGGAAGAUGUAGACAUGUAUGAAGUCCCUGUUGAGUUGGAAGCAGCAAGCAUGGCGUGUGCAAAGAAAGCACCGAGCGGCCCAAAGCCCGGCCAGUCUGGUGCCAGUACAGCGGGCCACAAAGCAGAGGCAGUGUCUGAGAUGCACGUCAUUGCACAUCCCAAACCAGGAACGAAGCCGAAAGCGGGACGCCUGAAGGGGCUGAAGAGUGCAAUUGGUAAGAAGGUCUCUACAAGCGGCAAGCCAUAGAGAGACAGACGUUUUCAGAGUAGACCAUUGUGCUGAUUUACCAUGGCAUACUAGAUCUAGUUGAUCACCGCCUCAAGCACUGCCUACACCUCUUUGGCUUGUCAGUAAGCUUUUUUCUAGGUAAGCUUUAUACGGAAACGACAUGAAAACUAGCUGCUGAUCAUAACAAAAGUGCAUGUAACGUUACCAGGCUGUGCUGCCGUGUGAAUACAUACAUUCUACAUUGCAUAGUGCUGACAGUGUAGAUACAUACAUUAUACAUUGCAUACAUACAGGCUCAGUACAUCAUUUCAACGUGACCCAGUACGGUGUAUUGAUGAUUUUCUUUUCUGAAUUUUACAGUUCCGCAUUUUGUCUAUUUUCUCUUUGAGCUCUUAUACAAGUGCACUUCCUGGUAUUAGGCAAGCCUUGUUUCAACCAAACAAGUGCACUUCUCGCUCUAUUGGAAUGCUGUAUUUGUACCCAUUUUCAUUUCAAUUCAUUUCUUUACUAUAAAUUUUCAUUUCAAUUCAUCACUAGUAAGUUGAUAAUGCUGUCAGUUGGCUGUGCUUCUGAAACACACUGAUCAAAAACCAUGGUAACUGGUUAAACCUCCACAACA